CGCAUCACGAAGUGCACCGAACCCUCCGUGACUCGCACGAUUGUCGAUCUCCAGACCAAGAAAGACAGCGUUCUCAACGCGACCCUUGCGGUCGCUUUGCGACAAGAAUCGAAAUAUUAGUAUGCUCGGAUUUGGCUAUGCUACACGGUCGUUGCACCGCUUUGCAUGUCCGCCGUCAUCUGUUUCUCGACUGGCAACGAGCCUCCAACUGUGCUUGCAUGUGCGCUUUUGUCUGCACUUGGCGCUGGAUCGUGGUCAACCUUUGUGCCACCCAGCACCUACGGCGUCAGCUCCUCCACCGGUCAGCUUUCCCUAAGCAACAGAUUGUACAUUGCAAGUCUCCUCCUCGUCAACGGUCUCAUUUACCUCUUCGACGAAGUCAGGGCCACUGUUACUUACCGACAGAGCGCCUUCAAGGGACGCAAGCCGGAUCAGGACUUUCUUGAUGCCUUCUCAUCGGACAAGACGUUGUUACAAUUCAUGGCGAUGGCUCAGAUUCUUAUCUGGACCAGUCUAGCUGCUAUCUCUGUCGAAUUCUGCGCCCUCUGUCUAUCGCUUCGACAUCUCGCGCUUGAACAAUGCCGACAGCGAUGGGGCAGAAGAAUCGCCCCUCGAUAGCGAGGUCUUGAAGCAGGCAAUUGCCGACACAGAAGCCGCGCACGGCGAUUUGACUCUAAGUACAGACAUUCGCUUCUGGUACGGUGCC